GCCGACCCGCGCCCGCCGGCUUCUUUCCGCAGCGCACCGACCUGCGGCCGGACGGGGGAUGCGCACCCCGCCGGCCUCCGUGGGCCAGGGCAGCGAGGUGCCAGACCCCACCUCUGCUGACGGCGAGCUCCUCCUCAGGGAGCCCGGCUUCUUUCCCGAGGACGAGGACGAGGCUAUGACGCUCGCCCCACCCGAGGGUCCCCAAGAGUCGGACAUGGACGGCCCCAUGGAGAGCACCCAGGGCCUGGAGGGGGCGGUCAGGAUUCCUGCCGAGGAGAAGGACGCGGGCCUCGGGGCCCUGUUCCUGCCGGAGGACAAGUCCCUGGUCCACACUCCGUCUAUGACGACGUCAGACCUCUCCACGCACUCCACCACCUCGCUCAUCAGCAACGAGGAGCAGUUUGAAGACUAUGGGGAGGCGGAUGAUGUGGACUGUGCCCUCAGCAGCCCCUGCCCCGACGACGAGACCAGGACCAAUGUCUACUCGGACCUGGGGUCGUCCGUGUCCUCCAGCGCGGGGCAGACGCCUAGGAAAACGCAUGCGUACAACAGCGAACUGCUGGAUGUUUACUGCUCCCAGUGCUGUAAGAAAAUCAACCUGCUCAAUGACCUGGAAGCCCGACUCAAAAACCUGGAGGCCAAUAGCCCCAAACGAAAGAUCUCUAGCACAGCCUUCGGACGGCAGCUCACGCACAGCAGCAACUUCCGCAGCGGUAACAGCAGCACUGAGGACCUCUUCCGGGACAGCAUCAACUCCUGUGACAACGACAUCACAGAGAAGGUGAGCUUCCUGGAAAAAAAGGUGACAGAGCUGGAGAAUGACAGCCCUACCAAUGGGGACCUGAAGAGCAAGCUGAAGCAGGAGAACACGCAGCUGGUGCACAGGGUGCACGAGCUGGAGGAGAUGGUGAAGGAUCAAAAGACCAAGGCUGAGCACGCCCUGGAGGAGGCCCGGCGCCACCGUGAGGCCUACAGCCGGCUGGAGCGGGAGCGGGGCACGGAGAUCGAGCUGCUCAACACCAGGGUGAAGCAGUUAGAAGAAGAGAACACUGAGCUUAGAACGACAGUGACUCGACUCAAGUCACAAACAGAGAAACUGGAUGAGGAGCGGCAGCGUAUGUCUGACCGGCUGGAGGACACCAGCCUGCGGCUCAAGGAUGAGAUGGACCUGUACAAGCGUGUGAUGGACAAGCUGACGCAGAUCCGCCUUGAGUUCCAGAAGGAGCGGGAGGCGACGCAGGAGCUCAUCGAGGACCUGCGGAAGGAGCUGGAGCACCAGCAGAUGUACAAGCUGGACUGCGAGCGGCCAGGCAGGGGCCGCGGCUCGUCCUCAGGCCUGGGCGAGUUCAGUGCCCGGGCCCGAGAGUUGGAGCUGGAACACGAGAUCAAGCGGCUCAAGCAGGAGAAUCACAAACUGCGAGAUCAGAAUGAUGACUUGAACGGGCAGAUCUUGAGCCUCAGCCUCUACGAGGCAAAGAACCUCUUUGCCACCCAGACCAAAGCCCAGUCUCUGGCUGCGGAGAUUGACACGGCCUCUCGCGAUGAGCUCAUGGAAGCCCUAAAGGAGCAGGAAGAGAUCAACUUCCGGCUGAGGCAGUAUAUGGACAAGAUUAUCCUUGCCAUCCUGGACCACAACCCCUCCAUCCUUGAGAUCAAACACUGAGGCGAGGGGGCUGGCCGCAGAGUGGCCUCGGGACCCCUGGACCCUGGGAUUCAGGGGCAGACCCCGCAUCAGAAUGCGGCCCGGGUCAGGCCUCACAC